AUUAAAUUAUUUCCACGCUUAUUAAAAGCACUUUCAACAUUGUAUAAAACGAAAAAAUACAAAUAAAUUCGUAGAGGGCCAAAGUUAGUUAUGAUUUUAUGAUGUAAGUAGUUUAUGGUGAAUUUUAUGCACUGAAUCUCGUUUACCCCACUUUUGAAUUUCGAUUCGACGCGGUCGUUUCGUGAUAUAAUUUACUCGUUUAUAAAGCGACAAAGUCUAUUUUCACCUCUUUGAUAUUGUAUUACCGGCGAGGGCGACCGCAAAAAGUGAAUUAUAUAAUUUUACAGUAUAUAAGGAAAUUUUAUUCGAAUCGUUUAAAUAAACCAUUAACUUAGUUCAACUUGUCUGUGUCUGUAUGUGUUCUAAAAUCAUGAAGUCAACUAUUUUGUUAUUAUGUAUUAUUUCAAUUACAUCAUCUUUUCCAGCCAAACAACCCACCGAUGAUAGCGUUUCAUAUCAUAGAUUUAACGGGCCAGUUAGUGGUGAUAUUAAAGAAGUUAUUUUGCCAGAUCCCACCGUUCAUAAUCCAAAUAGAUUAGCUAAAGAUUUUGUGGCGAAACCUGAUUAUCAAUAUUCUUACGGAGUAAGAGAUCCAGUAACCGGAAACGCACAAGAACACCAAGAAAAUCGAGACGGAGACGCUGUCCAUGGACAAUAUACGGUUCUCCAAGCUGAUGGAACUAUGAGAAUAGUGAGAUACACCGCCGAUGAUGCUCAAGGUUUCGUCGCUGAGGUUGAAUACAUUAAACCGGAUGGUACAAGACAUAAAGAAAAGGUUUAAAACGAAAAAAAUGU